GAGUCAAGACCCACUGCCUCCUGCAUUAUUGAUGCUUGUGCCUAACUGGAGAGCCCCUGGCAGGAGCAGAUUGAGCCCUUAGCCUAGCCAGAGCACAGUCGGGGUGGCAAACUGCUGCCGCCCUAGGGCACCCCUAAGCAGUCAGAUCCCCCGAAAGGGAAAAGAACCUGGGCAGCGGGAAGGCGGUCUUCUCUGGAUCGGUUAUGGGUGGGAGCAAGGACAAAGCGCCCCAGCGCAAGGCGAGACCCGGGAGGCCAGCCUCAGGGGAGCAGGAGUCCGGGUCGGCCAGCGUUGACAGUGCUCUUAUCCCGGACCACCGAUCUGGCCGCUGCAAAGCCGGCCGGGUGAGACCCUCCACGGAGCUAGACACCGCAGAGGGCAAGGGAACCGCCGGUGGCCACCGGAAGCCCUCGGCAGACGGGAACGGUGGCUGCAGAAAACCAGGUGCUGAGACGCCACCGGAGGCACAGGAGAGGCGAGGCAGCACGCGGCCUCGGGGACACGGGCCCAUGGAGAGCCACACACCAGGGGAGAGCUGUGGGGAGCGCCAGGAUGAGGAGAAUCUACCGGAAGAAGAACAUACGGGCCAGCGCCGCCGCCGCCGCAAGAGAAGAGGAAAAGGGCAGGCUGGGCCAGGUCGCGGAGAGACUCCGAGCCUCGAAGGUGAAACGUCGGGAGGGGACAGAAGCAGUUCUUGCCCGGACAGCGAGGCCCGAGAGUCCCAGGAGAUGGGCAGCCAGGGCAAGGGGGCCCUGCAGCUGCGGACAACAGAAAUGGGCUUGGAAGGGACCAAAAUAUGGCCAGAAUCAGCGCUGCAUCCAAGGGAACGCCAAACCAGCAACGGUCAGGGCAGUGACGAACCCCCAGCCCAGCUGCUGUUGGAGGAAGUGUCAUCGGGGACAGGGCUCCAGGGAGCGAGUGAGGAUUCCGGGACAAAUACGGACUUGAGCCCGGAGGGGACUGAACCUGGACCGUGCCCACCGGCAGCCCCGGGAACGACAAGCUGGGUCCCUGAUGCCCAAGAGAUAGAUCUGGGUGUAAAAGUCACGGCAUGCAGCCCCUUCGAGAGCAGUUGUGCGCACGUCCCCGGGAGCUCGCCUGUUCCUCGAGACCCCACGUUUUCUCCGGACGCAAGCGACAACCGGGCGCGACAGGAGGCGCAGCGGCAGGACGCCCUGCCUGAAACAGUCGAGGCCUCGGCAGCCCCGGGUCAGCGCCGCCAGGUUGGAAAGGUGGUGGGGAAGGUGCAGGUGGAGGAGGACGAGAGCGAAGCGGCGGCGGGAGAGGGGGAAGAACCAGGGGACCCAGCGCCGCUGGCCACCCUCAGGGUGCUCCGCAAGCUCCGCGCGAGGCCGAUUCCAGGCCCCUCUCCCCGGGUCGCGGGUUCGGGUCGCUCGGGCCUCAAGGAGCGCCUCCUGCGCGUGGUUCGGGCCCUGGGCCUACUGCAGUGGUUGCGGCGGCGGCUGCAGCAGCCUCCGGACGGGGAGCCUAGGGCGGAGCCGCGGGAGGGUGGGGGGCGGGGCCGCGGGAGGACCGGCGAGGGACUGGGCCGCGGACCUGGACAGAGGCGCCGUCUAGCGUUGCGCCUGGCGGGCUUAGCUGGGUUGAGAGCAUCGCCAAGGCCUCCACCUGGCGGUGGCCGGAGCCCUCCGCAGGGUCGGAAUAGCCCAGUCCGGGAGGACCCCUCCGACGACGAGGACCCCACUCCGGAUCCCAAGUUCGCAGUUGUGUUCCCCAGAAUCCACAGGCAGGGGAGGGCACCGAGCAGCAGGAGCUUAGGAGAAGUGUCCGCGGACGCCCACACCGGGAAGGGCCGCGUCAGGUCUCGUGCAGGGGCUGCCCAGGACGGUGAGAGGCCCACGGCGAGUGGAGGAGUGGUCGGGCCCUGCCCCGCCGCCUUCCUGGCGCAGACUCCCACCGACUCGAUUCCACUGGAGGAGGUCGGCUCCGGCAGCGAAGCGGAGCCGGGGAUCUUGGAAGCUGAGACCCCGGUGCACUGGGCGCGGGACUCAGGCCCCCACCAGGAUCCUGGGCUGGGCACCGACGCGCUGCUGCCCCGACUCACCUUGGAGUCCCGCCUGGAGCGCGACAGGAGCUCCUGCGGGUCCCUGAGGGAGCGGUGGGAGCCGGAGGAUGAGGCUGAGGCGGCACUGGAGAGGGACCUGGAGCUGAGCCUCGGGCCCGACCUGAAGGCAUCCUUCCUGGGUUCUGAGGGUCCGAGCCUCAGCGAUGGCCUGGAAGACACUGAGGACCUGGCCCGGUUGCGGUUGGUGUGUGACAGCUCUGUGCUGCUGUGCCUCAAGAAGAGGUUUCACCUGGGCCGCAUCUAUACAUUUGGAGGGCCCCUCCUUGUAGCUCUGAACCCCCACAGGCCCCUGCUUCUCUUCUCAUCUGAGAUCUUAACCAGCUACCACCCUGGGAAGACCCCCAACACCACCCCACAUGUCUUUGCCAUCGUGACGGCAGCCUAUGACCUGUUUCAGAGCACUGGGCAGGACCCCUGCAUCCUCCUCGGUGGGCGCAGUGGCUCCGGAAAAACAGAAGCCGCCAAGAAGAUUGUGCAGUUCCUGAGCAGUCUGGAGCAGCAGCGCACAAGGGACGGAGGGUGCCAGCUGGAUGAUGUGCUGCCUGUGCUCAGCAGCUUUGGCCAUGCCAAGACUCUCCUCAACAUCAACGCCAGCCGCUUCGGCCAGGCCUUCUGCUUCUGCCUGCAGCAUGGUGUCAUUGUGGGAGCCUCCGUGUCACAUUAUCUGCUUGAGACCUCCAGAGUGGUAUUUCAGGUAAGGGUGGUCCUCCUGUCUACCCCUUCCCUUCCCAAAGGAAUUGCUUCACCUGAGCCAGCCUUUCCUCAGGCCCAGGCUGAGCGGAGCUUCCAUGUUUUUUAUGAGCUGCUGGCGGGACUGGAUCCCUCGCAGCAGGAGCAGCUCUCCCUGCAAGGACCAGAAACCUAUUACUACCUCAACCAGGGCCAGGCCUGUAGCCUCCAGGGCAAGGAUGAUGCCCUGGACUUCACAGGGCUGGAGAAGGCCCUGCAGGUGCUGGGCUUGUGCCCCGAGGAGUUGACUGCAAUCUGGGCCAUGUUGGCCACCAUCCUGCAUCUGGGCAACAUCUGCUUUUCUUCUUCAGAGUGGGAGUCCCAGGAGGUAGCUUCUGUGUCCAGCUGGGCUGAGAUCCACACAGCAGCCCGAUUACUGCGGGUGCCACCAGAGCACCUGGAAGAGGCUGUCACCAGGAGGGUCAUGGAAACGCCCUACGGACAGGUCUCAAGAUCCUUGCCGGUGGAAAGUGCCGUGGAUGCCAGGGAUGCCCUGGCCAAGACCCUGUACUCAAAGCUCUUCACCUGGCUUUUGAGGAGGAUCAACUGGCAUCUGGCACCACCUGAGGAGAGAGGCAGCGUGGGCACCAUCACUGUUGUGGAUGCCUACGGCUUUGAGGCACUGCGGGUGAACAGCCUGGAGCAACUGUGCAACAACCUUGCCAGCGAGCGCCUGCAGCUCUUCUCCAGCCAGAUGCUGCUGGUCCAGGAGGAGGAAGAGUGUCGGCGGGAGCUGCUGCCCUGGGUGCCCAUCCUCCAGCCCCAGAGGGAGUCCUGCCUGGACCUCCUAGUGGGCCAGCCUCACAGCCUCCUGAGUAUCCUGGAUGCCCAGACAUGGCUGUCCCAGGCCACGGACCACACCUUCCUCCAGAAGUGCCACUAUCACCACGGUGAUCACCCAAGCUACGCCAAGCCCCAGCUGCCCCUGCCCAUCUUCACGGUGCGGCAUUACGCAGGGACAGUCACCUACCAGGUUCACAAGUUCUUGAACAGAAACCGGGACCAUCUGGACCCUGCUGUGGUGGGGAUGCUUGCCCAGAGCCAGCUACAGCUGGUGCGCAGCCUGUUCCAGGAAGCAGAGCCCGGGGCUGGAGGAGGGCCAGGCAAAUCCACGCUGACCUCUCGCUUCCAGAAGUCCCUGGGAGACCUCCUAGCCCAGCUGGGCAGGAGCCAUGUCUAUUUUAUCCAGUGCCUCAGCCCUAACCCUGGAAAGCUCCCAGACCUCUUUGAUGUGGGACACGUGGCAGAGCAGCUGCGCCAGGCAGGCAUCCUGGAGGCUGUAGGCACCCGCAGUGCCCACUUCCCGGUGCGCAUGCCCUUCCAGGCAUUCCUGGCCAGGUUCCGGGCCCUGGGGAAGGAGGGCCAGGAAGACUCCCAUCGGGAGAGGUGUGGCACCAUCCUCAGUCAGGUGCUGGGGGCUGAGUCGCCGUUCUAUCACCUUGGGGCCACGAAGGUCCUGCUGCAGGAGCAGGGCUGGCAGCAACUGGAGAGGCUCUGGACCCAGAGGCACACCCAGGCCCUGUUCACCCUGCGCCGGGGCCUUCGUGCCUGCAUCUCCCGCCAGCGCCUCCGCCUCCUACCCCGGAUACAGGCUCGUGUGCGUGGGGUCCAGGCCAGGAAGCGAUACCUCCGGCGGCGAGUGGCUCUGGGACAGCUGAACACCAUCCUCCUUGUGGUCCAGCCCUUGUUCCGGAGACGGCAGAGGCUGCAGCUUGGCCAUCUGCGUGGCCGGUGUGGCCGGCACAGUGGUGGGGCCCUGGAGAAAGCAUCAAGCAUGGAGCUGGGGCGCUUGGAGAUCCCAGCUGAGCUGGCCGCCAUGCUGAAGAAAGCAGAAGGUCCCCAGGAUGCCCUGGCUGGGAGCAUCACUGAGUCCAUGCCUCCUGAGGUUCCUGCCCGGCCCAGCCUGACCCUCCCACCAGACAUCGACCAAUUCCCCUUCUCCAGCUUCAUCUCCAGCAGCUUCCAGGAGCCAUCCCUGCCCAGUCCGGGGCAGCUGCUGACCAAGCCCCUGACCCGACUGGAUGGUGAGAACCUUCAACAUGCUCUGGACAUCAACAAGGUGAUGCUGCGGCUCCUGGGAGACGGAUCCCUGCAGUCCUGGCAGGAGCAGACCAUGGGCACGUACCUGGUGAGGCAGGGGCAGCGCUGGCCGGAGCUGCGGAACGAACUCUUCAGCCAGCUUGUGUCCCAGCUCUGGCACAACCCAGAUGAGCAACAGGGCCAGCGCGGCUGGGCCCUCAUGGCCAUCCUGCUCAGUGCCUUUCCCCCGACGCCCGCCCUGCAGAAGCCACUGCUCAAGUUCGUUUCUGACCAGGCCCCCCAGGGCAUGGCAGCGGUGUGCCAGCACAAGCUACUGGGAGCCCUGGAGCAGACGCCGCUGGCCCCUGGGGCUGCACGGGCCCACCCACCCACCCAGCUGGAGUGGAAGGCAGGAUGGCGGAGGGGCCGCAUGGCGCUGGACGUCUUCACCUUCAACGAGGAGUGCUACUCGGCCGAGGUAGAGUCCUGGACCACAGGGGAGCAAUUUGCUGGGUGGAUCCUACAGAGCAGAGGCCUGGAUGUGCCCCCUCGUGGCUGGUCUGUGUCACUGCAUUCCGGGGAUGCUUGGCAGGACUUGGCUGGCUGUGACUUUGUGCUGGACCUAAUUGGCCAGAUGGAGGACCUGGGGGACCCAGCUGGUCCCCACGGCUACCCCAUCACCCCCGCUGGCUUAGCCGAGAACAUUCCCCCUGCCCCUGGUGUCCAGGCCCCCUUGCUGCCCCCAGGCCCGCCUCCAGGUCCAGCCCCAACACUGCCCAGCAGAGGCCAUAUAGGGGAGGCCCGCACGUCAGGGAGCCUAGACGGCUUCCUGGACCACAUCUUUGAGCCUGUCCUUGCCCCAGGCUUCAGUGAUCUGGAACAAGGCUGGGCUCUGAACAGCCGCAUGAAGGGAGGGGGCGCCAUCGGGCCCAUGCAGCAGGGCUACCCCAUGGUGUACCCAGGGAUGAUGCAGAUGCCGGGGUACCAGCCAGCCAUGAUGCCUGCACCAAUGCCCAUGAUGCCAGCAGUGGGCACAGUCCCCACCAUGCCAGCCAUGGUGGUGCCGCCACAGCCGCAGCCGCAGCCCCUGCUUCCCAGCCUAGACGCGAGGCAGCUGAUCCAGCAGCAGGACUUCAUCAACCAGCAGGCGCUGAUCCUGGCCCAGCAGAUGACCGCACAGGCCAUAAACCUGUCCCUGGAGCAGCAGAACCAGCAGCGCCAGCACCGAGCCCGGGACUCUGGGGCCGCUGCCCAGGCCCCACCCUCAGCUAUCGCUCCCAAGCUGAAGAAGCCCCCUGCUCCCCCAAAGAAGCCAGAACAUGACCCGGAACCAGCAGGUGCCUGCUUGAGGGAGACCUCGGAGGAGGCUGAAGACAGGCCCCAGCACCCCAAGAGCUUCCAGCAGAAACGGGACUAUUUCCAGAAGAUGGGACAGCAGCAGAUCAAGGUGAAGAUGGUGAAGCCUCCAGCCAAGGUCCAGAUCCCCAAGGGGGAGGAGACAGAGGAGGAAGAAGAGGAAAAAAGAACAGUGCCGACCCCUUCUUCCCCUCCACCUCCUCUCUCAGUAAAGAAGCCACUGAAACAAGGUGUGGCCAACGCUGCAAAAGAGGCUGAGGCUGAGCCAGCUGAGGCGGCAGGGCCAGCCCAGGGUCAGGGCCCUGAGGUGUGCAAGUUGGACCCCACGCCCCAGCGGCCAGAACCCAGCAGGGAAAUUCGCAACAUCAUCCGCAUGUACCAGAGUCGCCCCGGCCCUGUGCCUGUGCCUGUGCAGCCAACCAGGCCUCUCAAAUCUUUCCUGAAGAAAAAUGAUCCUAAGGAUGAAGCUUUGGCCAAGCUAGGGAUCAAUGGUGCCCACUCGCCCCCAUCGACUCUGUCCCCCAGCCUGGGGAAGGGCCCCCCACCAGCUGUGGCUCCCCGACCCAAGGCCCAGUCACGGCUUGGGCCCUCCAAUUCCAUCAAGGAAAAGCAGGGGCCCCUUCGGGAUCUGUUUGGCCCAAACCCGCCCACUGCCCAGGAACCCCCACUGCCACCAGCACCCCCACUGCCUUCAUCUGAGGAGCCCAGGACCCCUUUGGCAGAGCCUCGUGACUUGACGGAGCCCAUGGAGGAUCAGGGCAUCUCCACCCAGCUCCUUGUGCCCUCUGGCAGCGUAUGCUUCUCCUACACCAGCACCCCCUGGAAGUUGUUCCUACGCAAGGAGGUGUUCUACCCGCGGGAGAACUUCAGCCAUCCCUACUGCCUCAGGCUUCUCUGUGAGCAGAUCCUGCGGGACACCUUUGCUGAGUCUUGCAUUCGGAUCUCUCAGGAUGAGCGGCACAAGAUGAAAGACCUGCUGGGAGACUUGGAGGUGGGCCUGGAUUCCCUCGCCACUGCCGAAGACAGCAUCAAGAAGCGCAUUGUGGUGGCCGCACGGGACAACUGGGCCAAUUACUUCUCCCGCAUCUUCCCUGUCUCGGGCGAGAGUGGCAGCGACGUGCAGCUACUAGGUGUGUCUCACCGAGGGCUGAAACUGCUCAAGGUGACCCAAGGCCCCAGCUUCCACCUGGACCAGCUGAAGACACUUUGCUCAUACAGCUUUGCCGAGGUGCUGGGUGUGGAGUGCCAGGGCAGCUCCACCCUAGAACUGUCGCUGAAGAACGAGCAGCUUGUGCUGCGCACAGCCCGGGCCAGGGCCAUUAAAGCCACAGUGGAUCAGUUCCUGAGUGAACUCAGAAAGGACUCCGGCUAUGUCAUCGCCCUGCGUAGCUACAUCACUGAUGAUCACAGCCUCCUAAGCUUCCACCGUGGGGACCUCAUCAAGCUAUUGCCAGUGGCCGAUCUAGAGCCAGGCUGGCAGUUUGGCUCUGCCGGGGGCCGAUCUGGACUCUUUCCUGCUGACAUGGUGCAGCCAGCUGCUGCUCUCUACCUUCCUUCACCUGAGCAGAGGAACAGCUCUCGGCGCAAGAGUCAGCCUCAGCUGGGAGAGCCAGGUCCUACUCAGUGGGACAGGGUCUCAGAGCACCCCGCUCGCCCCUGGAGACAGGCACACAGUGACUACUCAGAGGCCACCAACCUGUCCCGCUCUGUGGCCUAUGCCUCUCUCUCCAAUGAUUCCGGCAACUACACCAUGCAGGAGUUCGCCCUGCACUACUUCCGGAAACCGUCCACCUUGCUGGACCAGAGAGGUGGCAGUGCCCAGGGGAAGGUCAUAGCCAGCCUGGUGCAGUACACCAAGUCUCCCAUCCAGGAAUCUCUCAUCAGACUCAGUGACGAGGACCUGAGCAGGCAGGCUGCAGCGGGCUUCCAGGCUCUGAUGCAGUUUAUGGGGGAUAAGUCUAAGCCCCGGGGCAAGGAUGAGCUGGACCUGCUCUAUGAGCUGCUGAAGCUGGGCAGCAAGGAGGACCUCAGGGAUGAGAUGUACUGCCAGGUCAUCAAGCAGGUCACGGGACACCCCCAGCCGGAGCACUGUGCUCGGGGCUGGAGCUUCCUCAGUCUCCUCUCGGGCUUCUUCCCCCCAUCCACCACGCUGAUGCCCUAUGUGACCAAGUUCCUGCAGGACUCAGGUCCCAGCCAAGAGCUCGCCCGGACCAGCCAGGAACACCUCCAGCGCACAGUCAAGUAUGGCGGGCGACAACGACUGCCCCCCGCGGGUGAAAUGAAGGCUUUCUUGAAAGGGCAAGCAGUCCGCCUGCUUGUGGUCCACCUGCCCGGGGGUGUGGACUACAGGACAAACACCCACAUGUUCACGGUGGCAGGAGAAGUACUGGAGGAGCUGUGUGGGCAGAUGGGCAUCAGGGACCCCCGGGAGGUGGAGGAAUUUGCCCUCUUCCUCAUCAGAGGGGAAGGUGAGCUGGUUCGGCCCCUGUGGCCCCACGAGUACCUCAACAGCGUGAUGGUGGACCAGGAUGUGAGCCUGCACAGCCGGCGGCUGGGCUGGGAGACCCCACUGCACUUCGAUCAUCCCGCCUACAUUGACACCCACUACGGCCAGGUGCUGCGGGACUACCUACAGGGGAAGCUGAUGGCCAGCGCCCAGGAAGAACCUCAACUUGCCCGGCUGGCUGCCCUUCAGCACCUUGGCAGGGCCAUCAAGAGCCCCCCCUCGGAGAAGGACCUGCUGGCUUACAUACCGAAGCCACUACAAUGGCAGGUGAACAUGGCAACCAUGGAGAGUUUGAUGGGCCAGGAGCUCAGGCAGCUACAGGGAUGCAGCUCCCAAGAAGCACAGAUCAGUUUCAUUGAGGCCACGAGUCAGCUGCCCCUCUUUGGCUACACUGUGUACAUAGUGCUGCGAGUGAGCAAGCUGGUCCUCCCGGGACCUGCCCUCCUGGGGCUCAACCGCAAGCACCUCAUCCUCAUGGACCCCAGCUCCCAGAAACUGUGCUGCUCCAUAGCCCUGAAGGACCUGCAGCGACUGCACCUGCUGAGCCCCCUGGAGGAGAAAGGGCCCCCCGGCCUGGAACUCAACUAUGGCUCGGCUGACAGCCCCCAAACCAUCUGGUUGGAGCUGCCACAGGCCCAGGAGCUACAGAACACCAUCAUCUUCCUGCUGAGUGACAGUACAUCUUCCACUUAGUGGCCUGGGGCCUGGAGUGGGACAGAGGAGGCAGUGGCCUCUGCCUGGCCCAGGUCUCUUCCAGAUGGUCUGCCUUGUAGGUCACUCUGGUUUGAACUUCAUCACUUGGCUCUGCUCUGGAACCUGCCACAGCAUAGCCUGGGUGGCCCAGAUAGAGGCUGAGGCAGGGGAUGCCACAGUAACUUCAACUGGGAACAAAAGUAGCCACACUCCCUCCAGUGUGGGCUUGGG